CUCUCAUUGACUAGAGAAACACUACUAGGUACCUUACAAUCUCACCUUCCGCAUCAUGCAGGUGCCGACGCUCUCAGGCAGAACAGCCGUCAUCACAGGCGCAACCGGCGGGAUCGGACAGACCAUUGCCCGACAGUUUGCCAGGCAGGGCGCCAGCGUCGUGCUGGUGGGCCGCAACCAGGUCAAGCUCGAGCGCAUCGUGAAGGAGCUGGGUCCUAGAGGCCGACCUGAACCCAAGACGCACGCCGCGGUUUGCUUUGAUGUUUGUGAAGCGAAUGGAUGGAAGUCCUUGGUUGAAAAUACACAGAUUGACAUACUCAUCAACUGCGCCGGAGAAACACAACAGUCCCUUCUCUUGCGCACAAGCGAGGAAAGUAUCCAGCACCUGCUGGACCUCAACCUACGCAGCGUCGUAUGGGGGUGCAAGACGGUCGGGAAGCAGAUGGUGGCCCGGCGGCGCAAGGGCGGAUGCAUCAUCAACAUCUCAAGCCUGCUGGCGUAUCGUGCUGUCAUCGGGACGUCCAUCUAUGCUGCUGCCAAGGCGGGCCAAAUAGGUCUCACCACCGCCCUCUCCCAAGAGUUUGGUCGCCACGGCAUCCGUGUCAAUGCCAUUGUGCCUGGAUACAUCGAUACCGCCAUGACAAAGGAUCUCGAUAAGAAAGAACUCAUCAAAAGGAUACCCCUCGGGCGCUUCGGGACGCCGGGGGAGGUCGCUCACGCCGCUCUCUUUCUCGCCAAGAACAAUUAUGCAAAUAACUGCAUCCUCCAUCUCGACGGCGGGCUGAGUGCUGUCUGAUGCGUGGUCGUCUGGCGCAGGCGGGAUCGCGCCGUACUCUUUCUGUUAUGUAGCAAGGCACUCUUGGUUAUCCGAUGCAGCAUUCAGUCAUCAUCAAUGAUGAUGGCGCCGCCCCCAGCGCUAUCGUCGAGGACGACAAUGUCGUCGUCUUGACCCACAGAUGAUGCCGCUGUCUUCGCCUUCUUGGCCGCCGCGACAUCAUCCGGGCCCUCCGGAUGCGGACGCUUGGCCGGGACUACCUCGGCUAUCGCUUCGCUUUGCUGCCUGCUGCCGUGGCCGCCAUUGGCUUCAGGCGCAGGUGUUUUCUUCGGCUUGGUUGGGAUUUUGACCUCAG